UGUAAAAGGAUUAAACCACAAUCUAAUUCUUCAAACUGUUUAUAAUUUUUAUGUCCUUUGCCUUCCCACCAAGAAAAUGCAUCAUCUCCACCGACACAACCACCGCAUUCUCCUCCUCUUCUUCCUCAUCUCCGCCACCAAUGCUGCCCCUGCCUCCGCAACUACCACUAAUUAUCAAAGAUUCAAAGAAGCUCCACAGUUUUAUAACUCUCCAACAUGCCCUUCUAUUGACACAAGUGGCACCAAUGUAAUGUGCUCCGAUCAAGCUAUUCAUGUGGCAAUGACCCUAGAUGCAGCCUACUUACGUGGCUCUAUGGCCGCCAUUUUAUCCGUCCUCCAGCACUCUUCUUGCCCUCAGAACAUCGUCUUCCACUUCAUUGCCUCUGCCACCAACAACAACCACCACCUCCGCCAUACAAUCUCCCGCUCUUUCCCUUCCCUCAAAUUCCAAAUCUACCCAUACGACUCGUCCGCAGUCUCAGGCCUAAUUUCCACCUCCAUCCGCUCUGCACUCGACUGCCCUCUCAACUACGCCCGAAACUACCUCGCCAACCUCCUCCCUCCAUGUCUCAGCCGAGUCGUUUACUUGGACUCCGACCUCGUCCUCGUCGAUGACAUCGCUAAACUUGCCGCAACCCCACUUGGAGACCACUCGGCCCUAGCUGCUCCCGAGUAUUGCAACGCCAACUUCACUUCCUACUUCACCCCAACCUUCUGGUCAAACCCUACGUUAUCUUUAACAUUUGCUGGACGCAAAGCUUGUUAUUUCAACACUGGGGUAAUGGUGAUAGACUUGCAAAGAUGGCGUGCAGGAGAUUACACUACAAAGAUUAUUGAAUGGAUGGAGCUUCAAAAGAGAAUGAGGAUCUACGAGUUAGGGUCUUUGCCACCAUUCUUGCUUGUCUUUGCAGGGAACAUAGCGCCUGUUGAUCAUAGAUGGAACCAACAUGGGCUCGGAGGAGAUAAUUAUAGAGGAUUAUGUAGAGAUUUGCAUCCUGGUCCGGUUAGUUUGUUGCAUUGGAGUGGGAAAGGGAAGCCAUGGGUGAGACUAGAUGCUAACAAGCCUUGUCCUUUGGAUGCUUUAUGGGCUCCUUAUGAUUUGCUGCAAACACCCUUUGCUUUGGACUCUUAGAAUUUUCGUAUGUCAUUUUCUAUAAUAAAUCCCUUUUUUCUUUGGUGGGGUCUUUAACUCUUUUCCCUUUCUGGGCUGAGAUUUUAGGUUCAAUGAUGCCAUAGAACUUAGGAGAAUAGAGAUCUGAGUGUAAAAUUAAUAUCUUUCUCUUGCAGCUAUGGUGAUAAGUGUGGGGAGGUGUUCAUAGAUUAUAUAGCAGAGCAUUAACAAUCUUACUGCAAUCUUCUUUUUUUUUUUUCUAAUCCAUGUAUCUGAGAACAGUAUAUAACACAGUUACAACUACUGUAAAGAAGAGAAACAAGAUCAAAAUAUUUUCAAUUGUCAUGUUCAUCUUCCCCUUUUCCCUUUUUCUUUUAUCUGUUGAAUUGCUUGACAUAAUCGCCUCAAUAUUUCAUCUUUUUCUGAUAAUAAUUUGCAAACAUCCCAGGCACUGAUUAUGAAAAUUUGAAAACUAUGAUGUUGGUGCAAUGUCUGGUCUAAUUGAACUGUACCUUAUUUUACUCCACAAUUUAAGACAGUUUGAAUUAAAUCGACUGCAGUAAAUGAUUUCCAUUUUUUUACCUAUAUGUAUCAUCAUCAAUUUUUCUCACAGUUUCUAUAUUUGAAGAGGAAGCUUUAGUUUA